UUCUGCUUUGUAUCUCUCUCUUUCUCUGUCCAUAACAAUAAUAAUAAUAUUUCUGUCCCCAACUCAUCGUUGACUGAUCGUGGCACUGGCCAGACCAGGUCUGCUUCCUUGGGUCCACCGAAUUGCCGCAGAAAAACCCAUCGAUCUGCCCCCGUUCUCGUUCUCGGCCCCCCCUUCUCCUUGCCCCUAAUUAGUGCGCAGUUCCAUUGGCGCUUGUUUGUUCUGGCGGCUGUCUCCGUCGAUUCUCCCAAGGGAACUUGAACCAGAAACUCGCUCCAGUCUGGACGUCUAGGCCUUCUUAUUAUCUGCUCUUGUUCCCUCAUCCCGUUUCUUCCCUGAUUUGUUUUUAUUUAAUUUAUAUUUUCAUUACGCAUAGUUUAUUUUAUUUUAUUUUGUUUUGUUUUGUUCUGCGUUGCUUGUUUUGUUUGCUCUCUGCCCGCCCCCUGAUUUCCUGCCUACUUUACUACUAGUCGCUACUAGCUGGGUGGCCCGUUUCGUGUGGUUUCCCAAACUCGUGCACGGCAGCUGCUGAUAUUUUCCCCCCACUUUUUGACGCUUCCCCCCCUGCAUCCCGUCAUCCGUCGCCUCAAACCCUCUGCCUCGGUCGCAGGAGACACAAGCUAUCCUCGUCAUUCCCAUAACUUCCCUAUCCUUCCGUCUGUCCAAUGGCGUCAUCUUCGUCUAACGUCGUGGGCGUCCACUAUCGGGUGGGGAAGAAAAUCGGUGAAGGGUCGUUCGGUGUCAUCUUCGAAGGCACGAAUCUCCUGAAUAACCAGCAGGUUGCCAUCAAAUUUGAACCUCGCAAGAGCGACGCUCCCCAGCUCCGCGAUGAAUAUCGGACGUACAAGAUCCUGGUUGGGUGCCCCGGCAUUCCCAACGUCUACUACUUCGGUCAAGAAGGGUUGCAUAACAUCCUCGUCAUCGACUUGCUCGGACCCAGUCUCGAGGAUCUCUUCGAUCAUUGCAAUCGACGGUUUACCAUUAAGACGGUCGUAAUGGUGGCCAAGCAGAUGCUUUCCCGCAUCCAAACCAUCCACGAGAAGAAUCUCAUUUACCGCGAUAUCAAGCCAGAUAACUUCCUCAUUGGCCGCCCGGGCACGAAAGCCGCCAAUGUCAUCCAUGUCGUCGAUUUUGGCAUGGCAAAGCAGUAUAGAGACCCCAAGACCAAACAGCAUAUCCCAUACCGUGAACGCAAGUCGCUGUCGGGUACAGCACGUUACAUGAGUAUCAAUACUCAUUUAGGACGCGAGCAGUCACGACGGGAUGAUUUGGAAGCACUGGGCCAUGUUUUUAUGUACUUCUUGAGGGGCGGUCUCCCAUGGCAGGGAUUAAAGGCGGCUACGAACAAGCAAAAGUACGAGAAAAUCGGAGAAAAGAAGCAGACGACUGCGAUUAAAGAUCUCUGCGAUGGCUAUCCAGAUGAAUUCAACAAGUAUCUGACCUACGUUCGCAACCUCGGUUUCGAGGACACUCCCGAUUAUGACUAUCUGCGAGACCUCUUCACUCAGGCCCUGAAGAACACAGGGGAAGUUGAAGAUGGGGAGUACGACUGGAUGAAGCUGAACAACGGUCGAGGUUGGGAACACAAGCCGUCUUUUUCCUCCCAACAGCUGAACAGUCCACUCGUUAACCCUGGCCGCGACACGCACGGGACCCCGCUGCGCGUCCCCCGGGCUGGCGUGACGGCGGACCGUUUAAACGCUGCACAACCCCCACCACCAUCUCCGGCAAAACCUGGACCGGGGAAGACACGCGACCGGCCAAGCGGGUCAGGCGGGAUGCCAGCGAAACGUUCGAGCGGAGCUCUAGAUGGAGCAGCGACGUCAGCCUCUCAUCAAGCGCAAUUCGCAAAUUCGAGUGCCACUCACCAUGCUCGCAUAAGCAGUCCUAUGGUAAACAGCCCGCAGGCGCAGGGCGUUCAAGCGAGCAAUGAAUCCCAACCCAAUUUUUUGCAGAAAGUGAUGAGGGCUCUAUGCUGCGGUUGAGACCAGUUUAAUUCCCAUUGUACAUCUAUACUUACAUUCUGGUCGGAAAUCCUUAUCAAUCAUUCUGUUCGCCUCGUUAUUACGAGACUUGCAUACCAGCAUACCAUGUUCCUUUUUGUUCUCCAGGGUCUUCCGUUCUUCCGUUUCCCCUUUUUCUAUAAUCCCCCUUUCUUCUUCGGGCUCGCUCGCGAAUGAGGCUUACGGCCGUCAUGGAACUGUCUCAUGUUUUCAUAUGUCUCAUGACCUGCGUGAAAGCGGUUCUUUUCCCACCCACUGAUGCUUGCAUUGCCCCAGCUUGCCUUUUUUUUUUUUGCUGGAUCUCACCAAAAACAUAACCCCCCACCUCGAAAGGUCCGACUGUCGGUAGAGCAGCCCUAUUGUCUUCGAUGUCUCCUCGCUCAUACGGUGUUUUGGUUCGGAACGGCGAAGCUUGCAGAUUUCAUUUGACCUCCUUCUUUCCCCCGCUCCCCAUAAUCUCGGACGCGGACUAUAAUACUAGAAUUCUAUUUCCCGCUGAUUACCUCGUGUGGCUGUUUUCUUUUCGGUCCGUUCUCAUACUAUUCUCCUCGACACCUAAUAACCUGCUAGCUUUGGACUGGGGUGCUCAUUGACUAGCUCUUUGUUGGCGGUGCCAAUGAUGAAAAGAAUCGGCUCGGCAAUGGGACAAGGAGCCUUGAUUCUUGAAUGGGUAGCAUGUCGGUGCGAAGUUAUUGUCAUUUCAAGUGGUUGAAUACGUGCAGGUUGGACAUGUGGAGCAAUCCCACCGGUUCGCCGGUUCAUCGAACCAGGGGGGUCUAUGACUACUGCGCGCGGACUUAGCUCUCCCAAGGAAACGGUAGCAUCGUUCUGUUGAAUUAGAGUGGUCUUUUUUUUUUUUUUUUCUGAUAUUUUGAAUGGGUCGAGUCAUUCCGCGUGACCUUCACUUUAUGGGCGUGUUCAGUGGCAUUGAUCUUAUAACCCAUUCAGGGGUUUACAA